AUGUAUAACCCAACAGUGCUUGAGAAUUCUAAUAAUUCUAAUGAUGGAGAAAAUAUUUUGUUAGAGGCAAACAAUGAUAAUAUAUUGGUGAAUGUUGAUCAGUUUAAGGCACCCAGGAUUGACAGUGGAUUAUUGGACCAAAUUAAUGAUGAAGUUCAUUAUUGGAAAAAUGUUUUGAAGAGAGUUUUUGUAGUGGUUAAAAGCUUGGCAAUAAGAGGAUUGGAAUUUAGAAGUGACUCAGACAAAAUUGGAAGCUCACACAAUGGAAACUUUUUAAUGUCAAUGGAAUUAAUAGCACAUUUUGAUCCAUUUUUAGCUUCUCACAUUUCUAAAUAUGGGAAUAAAGGAAAAGGGUCAACUACAUGCUUAUCAUUUCAUACAUAUGAACAAUUUAUAACUUUAAUGAGUGAUAAAGUCUUGGAAAAUAUUAUAAAAGAAGUUCAAACAGCCAAGUAUUUUUCUGUAGUAGUUGAUUCGACGCCUGAUAUUUCAAAUUCCGACCAAUUAUCAUUUGUACAAAGAUAUGUUUUAGAUGGGCAUCCUAAAGAAAGGUUCUUGUGUUUCUUAGAAAACACUGGACAUAAGUCUGAAAAAUUAGCUGAUGAUGUGUUGACUACUCUGGCUUUAUUUAACAUUGAUUUAGCUAACAUGAGAGGACAAUCUUAUGAUAAUGCCAGCAAUAUGUCUGAGGAACAUUAUCAAAAACCAUCUUUACGCUGUGAAGCAAAAGGAAUAUUAAAAAAAUUAAAUCGUUUUGAAUGUGCUCUUAUGGCUGUAUUUUGGGGUGACAUUCUAGAAGUGUUGAACAAAACUAGUAAAACAUUGCAAUCGGUUUCAACUGAUUUAAUCACUGUUGUUCAACUAUAUGAUUCUGUAAUACAUUAUAUGCAAUCAGUUACUAUGAAAAUUCUGCUAAAAAAUUAUCUGGACUGA